AAGGAAGAAGAAGGAUAGAAGGGGGGGGGAGCUAGACAGCCUGCGGUGCCGCUUUGUGGACAACAACUCCCAUUGUUGGGCGGAGAGAGACAAGUAAUCUUGUUGGUAUAUCCAUUAUCUUCGUUUGAAAAGCGCAUCUGUACAUUGUAUCGGAUUAGUAUGCGUUGAAUACUGCAUCAAUCUCCCAUCACUAGUUGGUUUGUCAUUUUAGUAGGGACUUAGAAAGUAGCUAUCGUACCGGGGUUCGUGUUAAGCAUCGGAAUUAACGGAGCCAUGGCGAAAAGUCUGUCCCUUGUUACUGUCAUUUUGUGUGGGACUCUGAUCCCCUUCGUGACAGCUGGAGAGGACUGUGAAGCCUACCUAAAUGCCUUCAGCCAUUACAAAGCCAAAAUGGACUGCAGUACAUUUCAGUGGUGCUGUGGAACGUGUGAAAAUAGAUACUGCUGCAGCAGCCCAUCUCUCAGUCUGACUGAGUCUGAACAGGAAAACUGCAUAUACAGUGGCAAUAUGAGCACUUUGACCAUCUUGUCAUUCGUAGUGACAGCUUUCAUCUUCACCAUCAGUUUAAUCUGUUGCUGUGUGUGUCCUUGCUGUUGCCUGUACAAAAUGUGCCGGAAGCCCAGACCGGUGAUAGCCACGACCGCCCACACAACGGUGGUGAAUACUCACUACCCCCAGCAGCCCGUCCAGCCCUACCAGGGGGCCCCCCAGUACCCUGCCUACCAGACCGUGCCGGUCCAGCCUGGGUAUGGGGUUCAGCCUCAACCCGGCUAUGGAGGUGGCCAGCCCAUACCCACAGCACCAGGCUACCAGGGACAGCCGUUCCAGCCAGGACCACCCCCUCCUUACCAAGAGACUGGUCCAGCCUAUCCUCCUGCUAUCCCAGUGUCUUAUAGUCAGGCUGGGUUCAGUCCAGGACAGCUAUCUUACCCCCUCCAGGCUCCAGCCCAGCCCAGCUACCCAGCCCAGCCUCAGCCAGCCUAUCCCUGUGCACCUCCCGCCCAACCCGACUUCCUCUCUGCCCAGCCUGCUUACAACCCUGCCUUCAUGGAGCCCCAGCCUCCCAAGACUGGCAACUGAAGCAGCUCCUCCCUUCCCAUUCUCCAUCCACCCGCUCUCAUGGGAGACAGACAGACUGACGGACGGGUGGGAUAGAAACAGACAGACAGACUGACUGACUGGUGGGAUAGAAACAGACAGACAGACAGACAGACUGACUGACUGACUGGUGGGAUAGAAACAGACAGACAGACUGACUGACUGACUGACUGGUGGAAUAGAAACAGACAGACAGACAGACUGACUGACUGGUGGGAUAGAAACUGACUGACUGACUGGAGGGAAAGAAACUGAUUGAUUGACUGACUGACUGGAGAGAUAGAAACAGACAGACAGACUGACUGACUGACUGGUGGGAUAGAGACUGACUGACUGACUGGUGGGAUAGAAACAGACAGACUGACUGACUGACUGACUGACUGGAGGGAAAGAAACUGAUUGACUGACUGACUGGAGAGAUAGAAACAGACAGACAGACUGACUGACUGACUGGUGGGAUAGAGACAGACAGACAGACUGACUGACUGACUGACUGGUGGGAUAGAAACUGACUGACUGACUGACUGACUGGUGGGAUAGAAACUGACUGACUGACUGACUGACUGGUGGGAUAGAGACAGACUGACUGACUGGUGGGAUAGAAACAGACAGACUGACUGGUGGGAUAGAAGCAGACUGACUGACUGACUGGUGGGAUAGAAACAGACAGACUGACUGAAUGACUGGUGGGAUAGAAACAGACAGACUGACUGGUGGGAUAGAAACAGACACAGACUGACUGGUGCCAUACAUAGUCAUGAUCCGGUCAAUUCCCUGCUGUUCUCACCUUAUCAAUAUGACUCCAACCUGUUCUCACCUUAUCAAUAUGACUCCAACCUGUUCUCACAGUGGGAUUGAACUGAACAAAGUGUAUCCCAAAUGGCACCCUGUAUGGUGCACUACCCUGGUCAAAAGUAGUGCACUGCAUAGGGAAUAAGGUGCAAUUUGGGACUUAUCCUGUGUGUUCACUUUGUUUUAGGGCCAGGAGUUUUUCUGGUUGCCUCGUAACCUGGCCAGGAGUCUUUGGUCCAGGGUAUGUUUAGGACCUGGUCAAGCCUUGGGUUUCAUCACAAAUGUUACUUUAUUCCCUAUAUAGGGCACUACUUUUAACCAGGGCCAAUGGAUGUGGUCUAAAGUGGUGCACUAUAUAGGGAAUAUGGUGCCAUUUGGGAAUAACUCUGGGCCCCUAUGUUAAAGGUAAUGUCUCAUGUUGUUGGUGUUCUUGUUAGAGUAUGUUCAUUACAAACCACACGGAAGAAAACUACCUUGGUUUCUGUUGCAAAGCGUUUUUUUCAGAUGAACACAACCCAGGAUAAAAUUAAACCUCUGUUGCAAAGCGUUUUUUCUGAUGAACACAACCCAGGAUAAAAUUAAACCUCUGUUGCAAAGCGUUUUUUCUGAUGAACACAACCCAGGAUAAAAUUAAACCUCUGUAAUUUCCAUUAAGUUACUUUUCUUUUUACCAGUGCUUUAUUUACCAGAGUAAUCAUGUUAACUGUUUCACAGGCCGUUGUUGCUUAUGUUUGUAACCUGAUGGUGAAAGCACAGCGGUCCCCAUCUGCUACCAGUCUUUAGUGGGCAAAACACCGGUGUUGUCAGAUAAACAGAAAGUCAUAUUCAGAUUUUUUUUUUUUUAAACAACAGAUUUUGUACUUGUCGCUGACAGCCAGAAAUGACAUGUCUGAAUACGACGUAAAUGUGGUUUAGUGGAAAAACUUUAUAUUAAAACGUUUCCUAUCAAGUUCACAAAGUGGCUAAAGAAACUGAAUGCAAGAAACCGUUGCCUUUUUUUACCACAGGUUCUUCACCAAAUAUGAGAAUUGUUUUCAUUUUUUAAUUAAACGAUCAGUCUUUUCUUUCUCUCUUA